UCGGGCUCAGGUGCGCGCGCGCCUGCCCGCCCUAGAGCGGCCCAGGUGGCGGCCUCGGCUCCUGGUGGAGGCCGGUGGCGGGCGGUGGCGAGAGGGCGAGAGUCCGAGCCAUCGAGGGAACCGCGCCCUGUGGGGCCUUACCGCACCGGAGGGGAUGGAGCGCUGCCCCCGACGCCCUGGCGCCGCCCGCGAUCCCACCCUGGCUGGCCCUCGCUAGCUGCUCGGAUCGUGCGUUGUAUCCACCACCAUCCUAGGCCUUGUCUCCUAAGUCAGUGGCGUCGUGGUUCGAAAGAAAUGGAAGAAAAGGAGCGAUGUGACCGAUUCCGUUCAGUACCCCUGCGUUGAGGCCUGGUUGGCAUUUGUAAAGAGAAUAGUGUUUUUUGGGAGGGGGGUGGGAGGGGAGGGCGGGGAAAGGGAAACGAGGUCUUACAUUUUAUGAUUUUUUUGAAAUUUUGCACUUAGUGGUGGGCAAAAUAUCGGUAAACGAAGCUAAAGGUUAUUUUUCUAUUGAGAAGAGAGAAGAGGUGGAUGUUUCCCCCUUUUGAUUCCAACCUUUUCUCCCAGUGACAAAGCAUAUAUUAUGGACACCAGAGAAUAAGGUGGACCUCAGGAAUUUUUGAAAGACUGAGAAGCUUACAUUCUUCCUCAGGAGGGAAGAGUAGGGUGUUUUUUUUAGCCCUCUUUGGAACCUAAAACGAAAAACAUGAGUUGCGUGCCAUGGAAAGGAGACAAGGCCAAAUCAGAAUCGUUGGAGCUGCCCCAGGCGGCACCCCCACAAAUCUACCAUGAGAAACAGCGCAGAGAGCUUUGUGCCCUCCAUGCCCUCAAUAACGUCUUCCAGGACAGCAAUGCCUUCACCCGGGAAGCACUUCAAGAGAUUUUUCAGAGGCUGUCUCCAAACACCAUGGUGACACCUCACAAAAAGAGCAUGCUGGGAAAUGGAAACUAUGAUGUGAAUGUCAUUAUGGCAGCACUUCAAACCAAAGGCUACGAAGCUGUUUGGUGGGACAAGCGCAGGGAUGUCAGUGUCAUUGCUCUCACUAACGUCAUGGGCUUUAUCAUGAAUCUGCCCUCCAGCCUAUGCUGGGGUCCACUGAAGUUACCUCUCAAAAGGCAGCACUGGAUCUGUGUUCGAGAGGUAGGAGGGGCCUACUAUAACCUCGACUCCAAACUCAAGAUGCCCGAGUGGAUUGGAGGCGAGAGCGAGCUCAGGAAAUUUCUAAAACAUCAUUUGCGAGGAAAGAACUGUGAACUCCUGCUGGUGGUACCAGAAACAGUGGAGGCCCAUCAGAGUUGGAGGACUGAUGUGUAACAUGGUUCUGCCCAACCUUGCCCUUGCCUCAGCCCCUUCAGUCCUCUGUGAUGUGCUGUGGCCUCUACCGUGGGUCUGUCCUUGCCAUUUCCCCAAACAUCUCAUCGGGUUUUUCCUCUUCAGAUUUGACAGUGCAAUAGGACAGAUACAUGGACUGUCACAUGAACUACCCAGUGUUUUCUUCCUGGGAAAGGAAGGAGGAGCUCUGUAUACUCUAGGUCAAUGAUCACAAAGCCCUGUUUUAUUUGAGAGAGAGAAAAAGCAAGGCGGAGGAGUCCUAGCUUGUCUGAUUCUGCUGUAACGUCACUGCUGCUCCAGACUCACCUGGAGAUGCUGCCUCCAUUUUCAUUCCUGUCACAUCAGGAGUCUUAAGACAUAUAGUACACACAAACCCCAUGUGGCUGGUUUGAAGGACCCAGAGUAAAAAGGGUCUCUCAGGAAGCCGUCUCCAAAACUAGUAACGGCACAUGCCAUCUCCUUUUACCCCAGUUUUAAGGGUGGUUUAUGGCCAGCCUGGGAGUUUUAAUGAAAAGUUCUUUCAUAUUCGAAGCCAUAUGGUUGAAUCCUACAACGUUCUAGUGUGACAAGUGAAAUGGACAUCUAAAAGGAUGUGGGCUAAAGCCAAAUUGAGACAGGCCUGGGGCAGUUCCUUCACUCUAGUUUUGUCUCUGCCAUUUCACUAUGUUGAUUUUGGGAGGUUCUGGGCAAAAGAAGUAGUUGUUCCAGUUGACCCAAGUCCACCUUUGACACGAAACUCUACUAGUUUGAGGUAGAGUUGGGUGAGGAAAGUAUUGUGAAGAUAAGCGCAGAGUUUAAGAGCAGUCCAGUUCACUAUAGUGACAAGCAGAGCCCUCAAAUUGGGUGGUUACAUGCAUUGUUAUAGGAACUAGGUUUGUCAUCUUCGUGUCGUUUCCUUUACAAAUCUGUUGGGGAUUGACCUGCCCCUACCUCUUGAAAUAGUUGUAGGCCACUUUCUCCUGUAACUUCGGAAAAUGGGAGAAAAGGAGGGAAAGUAUCAUACCACACAUGUGUCACCAAUGUGGUUGUGUUUGCCUCAACAGGUGGGCAGGCAGGGAAGACCCACUAGCCCUUAGAGGUCAGUGGUCUUGGCAGGUCUGAGAGCUGCCCCGUUGGCUAGACAUAUCUCCAGCAGCAAAGCCAGCCCGGGGCUUGCAUGUCAGUCCUGAGCAAGCUUAACGGGGUGAAGCUGAGGCUUUCUCCCCACUGUGACUGGAGUGCAUGUUUACACCAGCACUUUCUGCACAUGUAUCUUCAAUCCAACAAGGCCAUUUUUUAUGCUGAGUAACAGAAGCCACCAAGCGGCUACUGCAUUAUUCCCUCAGCAACUGGCCGCAGUCUCUUCUGCACCAUUUUCUACACCAGACCUGCUUGGCACCACAGGGAGCUCUUUAACCCUGCAAAGUGACAUUCCAACCACCACCAGCCAAAAGUUACAGCCAACCUUGCUGAUUGGUACAGCAGGACCUUGGGUCCAUUGGCACUGUCUGGUAGCAAGCCAUUUCCUGGGAAGGGAAGGAAACUCCUCUCCACAUACCUGCUUGGGCCUGUGCAAAUGGUACUUCAAAAGGAGUUCCUGUGCACUUGGAGUCCAUGAGCCAAUGGGAUAUGCAAAGACGCUUAAACAUUUCAGGGCUGGUUUCUCUGUUCAUAUCCAAUUCCGGUGCUUAGGAGCAGGGACCCAUGCUGAUGCCCAAGGGCAGAAAGCCUCACUUUCUUUAGGAAGGGAGCACACCUGACCCUGAUGCCCAAUAAGGGGCAACCCUAGGCUUUUUGUUUUUCUUGCUUUUAUUCCCUUUUUUUGUUGGCCUUGUGCUGGGUUUGUUUACAAAAGAUGUAUUUUGUUUAACCAGAAUUAAAAAUGGAAAACUCC